CUGUCCAAUUGUAUAAGGACAUAUCCAAAUACCAGAAACGGAGAGUUUACUACACACACAAAUGUGUUUGCGGUAAGGUUGUCGUGCACGUGAGAGAGGAGGAGGAGGAGGAGGGAUCUUCGGGGUGCAUCAUCACAAACACUCCUCGCUGCGACUCCCCCCUCCGCCUGCAGCCGAGUUGCGCGCACUCUUCUUCAGCAGAUCGCUCGCUCUUGUCCGGGUGGGAAGGACGGCAUCGCGGGGGAGCUGGUUCUGGGUCCACACGCAGGCUCGUCAUGGGGACGAGUUGAAGGACACGGCGUGGUCGCCUUGUGGCCAAUGUUGCGAGAGAAAUGCUGGAUGAGUUGAUUUGAGAAAGAAUCACCUGGAUACCUGCAGCGCUAGCUUAACUUGAGAGAGAGAGCCGGAUAAGAGGAGAUAGGAUAAAGUUCGGGGCUGCAGAAACAGCGGUGGAACAAUGCGUCUGACCCCGACAAAGCCGCUGCUGUGGGCAGCGUUGCUGACCCUGCUGGCUGUCCACUGGUCCCACGGCAUUUCGCUGUCAGCACAAGAGGCGAACCAGUUCCUGCGGAGGCACAAGAGAGCAAACCAAGUUUUUGAGGAGACCAAGCAAGGACACUUGGAGAGGGAGUGCGUGGAGGAGAAGUGCAGCAAAGAGGAGGCCAGGGAGGUCUUUGAGAACGACCCCGAGACUGAAUACUUCUAUCCAAAGUACUUAAGUUGUUUGGAGAAGUUUGGAAACUCUGAAAAGAAGAAGCAAGAUCUGGUGACAUGCGUUCAUAACAUUCCGGACCAGUGUUCUCCUUCUCCCUGUUAUCCCAAAGGCACCGUGCGCUGCGAAGACAGGAAGGGCGAGUUUCUCUGCCACUGUUUUACUGGCUGGACUGGAGCACAGUGUGAGAAAGAUGUUGACGAGUGCAGCAAAAGGAAUGGAGCGUGUGAUCAUGAGUGCAACAACACGAUGGGCAGUUACCGCUGCUCCUGUCACCAUGGAUACAUGCUAGUGGGACGACAUUUAUGUGACGAUGUGAACGAGUGUGAAGACCAGAGUGUGUGUGGAUCCGCGCGGUGUGAGAAUACGGAAGGAAGUUACGAUUGUCUGUGUGACAUCGGCUACAUCUACGACAACGAAACCAAGAGCUGCGUGGAUGUCAACGAGUGUGAGGCAGGUGUGUGCGCGGGCGAGUGUCUGAACACUCCGGGGAGUUUCCGAUGUUUCUGCGACGGCCGGAAGGGUUUGAAGCUGGCCCGGGACUUGAGGAGCUGUAAGUCCAUAACUCCAUGUAUGUCUGUGUCACUGAGGAGAAACUCGCGCUCUCUCUAUCUGGGCCGAAUGUUCAGUGGCGUCCCAGUGGUGAGGCUGCGAUUCAGGCGACGGAUUCAGACUGGCUUUUCGGCAGAGUUCGACUUCCGCACGUACGACCCUGAGGGAGUGAUAUUCUUUGCCGGCGGCCAUUUAAAUAGCUCCUGGAUAGUUCUUGCAAUGCAUCAUGGGAGGCUGGAGUUGCAGCUGAAGUAUGGCAGCGUUAGCAGGGUCACCAACAGUGGACCCCUUGUCAACGAUGGGCAGUGGAGAAAGAUUUCAGUAGAGGAGCAGGGGCGGAGCCUCGUGAUCAAGAUUGACAGGGAGGCCAUUAUGAAGAUUGCGGUGAAUGGUGAUCUAUUCACCUUGAAAAAGGGGAUGCACGAACUGAACCUCACUGUGGGAGGGGUCCCGUUCAAAGAGGAUGGUCUUGUGAAUCAGGUGAACCCUCGCCUGGACGGCUGCAUGAAGGAAUGGCGUUGGUUGACAGGAGAAGAUGGAUCUAUACAAGAAACCAUUAAAUCAAAUGAGAACCUUCAGUGUUUCAGCGCUGAAGACCCCGGGGCGUAUUUCCCCGGCGCCGGCUUUGCUCUCUUCAACGUCAGCUACGAGCCUCAGAACCUGAGUGUCCAGCUGACACUGCGGCCCACCUCCGCCAUCGGAGUUCUGUUUGCACUGGUUCACCGGGACACAGCCGUCCUCUCCGUCGCUCUCGCCGACCAUAAUCCAGAUACUGAUGAGUGGAGGGAUUUCAUUCUGGUGUCAGCCGGUGAUGUCAUCAUCGCGAGUGCCCCAGCGCCUUUUUGCGAUGGAGAGAGUCAUGAAAUCCAAGUGACGAUAUCCAAGAACCAGACCCAGCUGCUGGUGGAUGGUCAGCCCGGUCACAGUGGUGACAAUGAGCUGGACCUCUGGCAGGAGUUGGACACCUACAUUGGAGGCCUCCCAGACAUCUCUCUCGCUUCCACUCUGGUGUCGGCGCCCUACAGCGGCUGUAUGCAGGUCAGAGUUAACGGCCAGUCGCUGGACUUGGACCAGGCCGUUCAGAAGCACAACGACAUCCGCUCUCACUCCUGCCCCCUGCUGGACUCUCACCAGUGAGCCGUCUGCCAAACAACACGGCCGCAAGCAGUUGAUUGAGGCAAAAGGGAGGAUUCCCGGUGUAUUUAUUUCAGUGGUGGUUGUUAUUUUAUUGGGGGGAAAAAAAGGAAACAACCGAGGCAGGUUUGGAGCCGGGGCCUCACAUCAUCCUGUCUCUUACUGUGAUUACUCUGCUUUCUUAGCAGACUUAGCCUCGUCUGUACUGUCACUCAGAACCAUAGUCAGUCAGUAAACAUCCCCACUGUGUGAUAAAUGCUGUGCCAUGUUGCCUCAGAACUGCCGUGGAGCCGCAGCCGCUCGAGGCCACUGGGCCAGCCGAGUGUCCGAAACGGCAGCCAUGAUGCUUGAAAUACUUAUAGAUCACAUUCAGUGAGUAAAAGAAAGAGGGAGGUGCGUGGAGGGCUUCAGGGUUCAGAGGAUGGGCUGAGCAUGUCCUGUAGAAACAUUGUUGAGCUGAAAACCUUGCACAUUGUUGCAGGAGGAAAUGGACAAAAAUGCUCUCCAUUUCUGCCUGCAACCCUAUGAAACAACCAUGUGCCUCCUAAGAACAACAACAAACGCUUUUCUCAUUUCCCACCAUAGUUUUUGCAGUAUCAAACUCAAAACAAAUAUUGCUGUUCAAACACUAUAGUUGAGUUGUGUGUUGCAUUCACUUGAGAAACAUUUGCACGCAUUCAAACCGUAGACUUUGGCUCUCACAAUGAAAGACCGGUGAAAUGGUGACAGGUGAUGACACCGUUGCAAGUCUGAGAAGUCGGUCUUCACUGUGUCCAGCAAGUUUGACCAAAAACGACAAAAUACAUACAAUUAAUGAAAUCUACACAUGAAUAAAUCUAUAAUCAUAUUGACCAAUGAUGAUUUGAUUUUAUCAUAAGGCAGAAGGAAGUGCAGAAUGACUGACUUGUGUUCAACCUUACAGUAUGUCAAGAACACAUGAAACACACGUGGCGUCCAUGUUGGAUACAAACUACAUAAAGAGCGUAAUUGCUUGUUUAUUCUCUAGUACAGACGCCCUCCGCACCAUAUACUUAUGGACACAGUGAAGUGGCGUUACGUCAAUGAAAGCGCGAGGAGCGCGUGAAUGCGGCGUCAGAAUUUUAAUGUUGCUGCCGAUUUAUGACUCCUGAAGUGAAUGCAUCAUGCACCAACCGCACUGGUGCUUCCUGCUAUUUAUAUUUCAAUAUUUCACCCAAGAAAGUCUGACAAACACGAUACACACAAUACUAUUUUCGCUCUGAUGAACUGCUGCCCAACACCGAUCAGCUCAUGAUCGACAGUGCAGCAGCACCGGGAUGUGGGAGGGGCUUCUCUUUACUGCAACAAUCGCACUGCAACAAUCGAACAAGCUACUGAGUGACGCUGUAAAAUACUGAAUAUGUAAAUAUUGACUGUAAGGCUUUAUAGAAGAGUAAACAAACACUACCUUCUGCGCAUUUAUCUGUACAUUUUAGUUAAAAAAAAAAAGAGUUAAUCCUUCAUUCUCAUCCUGAGAAUUGAAAUAUUUUUUUAUGGUUUUUAAUUUCAACAUUAUAGGUGCUGAAUCAUUUCAGAUAUAGUUUCCAAAAGAGAAUGUAUGAGGAGCAAGCGUGAUGCAAAGGGCUCCGGUGUUCCACGUGUGAUGUCUCGGAUGCUAGAAAAUAGAGCUUUUUUUAGGUAUUUGUGUUUUUAUUAUAAACUGCGAGGAUUGUUUUCGAUGUAUGCCUUCUGAGUUUUAACUUCCAUGAGUGAAAAUGCUAUUUAAAAGCUGAAAAUAAAAGCAGUUGUGCGACA